GGGAAAGUUCAACUCGGGGCUGUCAUGGGAAUUGUGCCGACGUCACAUCUUGACAAGGUCUAUCUAUAUUCCACAGUAUAUUUGCCAAACUAUUCCAUGCACUAGUCUGAAAACAAUUCCAACUCUACUCCUGGUUUCUGGAGCAAAAGUGGAGAACUACCUAUUUUGGACUACAGCAGAACUCUGAAACUUAUUCAUAUAGGCUGAUUCUGGCAGAAGGAUUUACACAAAUAAGUGUUCUUCAGGAAAGAGGGAAAACCAUUUUUUUGAUUCUUGGUCCUCUCUUUGUGAAAAGGGUAUUGGAAAAAAAAUGUGCUCUGAAUUGGGCAAAGAAUGUAUUCCAGUUGAAGAAGAUGAAAAUUCAGUAUGGGCGGAGUCAAUUCCCCAACAUGUAAUGGAGAGCAUACUUGCUCGGCUUCCUGUAGAGUGUGUGCUGCGUUUUCCGAUAGUAUGUAGGGAUUGGAAUAUUUUCUUUUCCUCCCAAAACUUCUUGACCCUCUGGUCUCAAACGCCAAAGAGGGAUCAAUGGCUAGUUCUGUGUGGAAACAGUUAUUGUCUGGCUUACAGCUUCUCCACUAGCAAAUGGUUGACUACAUCGCUUUCUGCAUUUCCUGUGUGUGGUUAUAAGGGAUCAGAGCUAGGUCUAUUCUUACUGCAAAAAUUUACUCCCUUGGGAUGGAGAUUCUUUGUUUUCAAUCCAGUCACACAAACAAGUUUUCAGCUUCCUCCAGUAUCGCCCAUCUUGCUCAAGACUUUUGCUUCAUACAUUAGGAAAGGAGGUCAGGGAGAUGACUACAAAGUGGUAGUGGUGGGCUCCAAUUGGGGGGGUGCAAACAUUGUGCAAAUCUAUGAUUCUUGUGAUAAGUCAUGGGAAAUUGCAGGGCAGAUAAAUCUUUUGAAGGUCCCCACUGAGAUAGCUUUUUGCAAUAGUUGGUUUUUCUUUACCUCGUUAGAGCCCAUUGUGGGUGUUGGCAUUAGGGUUUGCAGAUAUGAUUGUACUGUCAGCACUUUUAUACCAAUGCCUGCAAGUUAUGACUUGUCUGUGCCUAAGCUUCUUGUUUGUGGGAAGCUAUUCCUAAUAGUUGUACCCAUAUUAAAGAUAACUGAUAUAAUGGAUAUUAUUGUUUGGCAGUUGGAAUCUCAAGAAAAUUUCAAAGAUCCUUUUUGGAAAGAGAUUACAAGGAUGCCUCAAUUGAUACUUGAGAAAUUUGACAGUAAAUCGAAAUGGGAUCUAUCUGAUUGCAUUGGAUUCGAGGAUUACUUGUGCUUCAGAAUCUGGGGGGGCAUUGAUGUGGUUGAAUAUAAUUUAAUUGAAGGGUCUUGGAAACAUCUGUCAAAAUGCCCAACUACAGACAGGGAUGAGAUCAUGUGUAGCUUUUCCUUUCAGCCCAAUCCUCUUAUCAAAUUGUGAUAUUAACAAUGCGUUUGUUUUGGCAAUUGAUUCCGCAAAUGAUUAGA